UGACACAUGUAACCUCAAAUUGUACUCCAAAUGUCAUUAAUUUUAUGAACUAAUAACAAUCGCUAUAUUGUAUUAAAAACAUAAGAAGAUGAUAAUUACGAACGUUUGCUAGUGCAAUUAGAUAGUAGAAAUUUCGCCACGGAAUUCAGCUACUAUGUCCUGACUAAGAGAAAUCCAUUUCUGCCACCUAAAAAUGGCAAGAUCAGACACUCUCUGCAAUCAGUCCCUAUUGGAAGCCGGCGAGAGAGCCCUGGACAGGACUAUAGGUGAGCCAGGUGAUGUCAAAACCCAGUUUGUAACGAGGGAAGGCACCUACCGUCUUAUGACAUUGAGCGAAUACUCAAGACCAAACAGGGUUGGCUAUCAACCUCAGGGCCAGACUCCACCUCAAGUAAGAGUGUCUCUGGUGUCUCUGCCAGACCAAGGAGAGAGGAUUUGCUUCAACCACGGUAGAGAACUUUACGUGUAUGUGUACAAAGGCAUCAAGAAGGCUGCAGACCUGAGUAAGCCAUUAGAAAAAAAGGUUUAUAAAGGAACAAAUCCUACAUGCCAUGAUUUCAACAUAACUUCUGCUAGUGCGGAGAGUGUAAACUUACUAAUUGGAUUUAGCACAGGACAAAUACAACUGAUAGACCCAGUGAAAAAAGAACUUAGUAAAUUGUUUAAUGAAGAAAGGCUGAUAGAUAAGUCGAGGGUAACAUGUUUAAGGUGGGUGCCAGGUAGUAAGAACCUAUUCCUAGCUGCUCAUGCUUCAGGACAAUUUUAUGUGUACAAUGAAGAACUACCUUGUGGUUCGGCAGCACCACAUUACCAACCAUUCAAGGCAGGGGAGGGGUUUACUGUAAAUACCUGUAAAACAAAGUCAACUAGGAAUCCACUAUUCAGGUGGCUUUUAGGAACAGGAGCUGCGAUAAAUGAAUUAGCAUUUAGUCCUAAUGGAUCUCAACUGGCUGUUGUGUCACAAGACGGGUUACUUAGAAUAUUUCAGUAUGACAGUAUGGAACUGGUAGGGCAUGCAAGAUCCUAUUUUGGAGGUCUACUUUGUGUAGCAUGGUCAGGAGAUGGCAAGCUGGUUGCUGUGGGAGGGGAAGAUGACUUGGUGACCGUAUAUUCACUGGAGCAGAAGAGGGUUGUAGCCAGAGCACAAGGACAUAGGUCAUGGGUUUCUGCAGUUGCUUUUGAUUGGUAUUUAGAAGUCGACUCUUGUUACAGGCUUGGUUCAGUUGGCCACGACACCCAAAUCUGUUUGUGGGAACUGCCCGAGGACAACCUAGUGCCUCCUAGACCGCGAGUGAAACGCAAACCAGACCCUUUGCAGUUGGUUGGGACACCAGCGUGUCCUAGACUAGACGAGUGCCCGAUCUUAGAACCAUUAGUGUGUAAGAAAAUAGCUCAUGAACGGUUAACCUCUUUAGUGUUCAGACCAGAUUGUAUAAUAACUGCGUGCCAAGACGGCUAUGUAUAUACUUGGGCUAGGCCGCCUACGUAAUCUCUAUAGGUGCUCUUUGGCAUUGGUUAGAAGAGUAUAUCUGGUAGUUCCAAAUCCCUGAAACAUUGUCUUCACCCAUGUUCUCGUGAACAAGAAUAAAUUCUUGCUAUGAUUUUGACUGAAAGCUCAAAAAUAUGUUUAGAUUUUGGGCCGCUGGAAAAUGCUUUCUUGCCGCUAAUGUUUCGACAAAGUACUUCGGCAAUAUGAUAAUCUUUUCCAAAAGCUAUCGUACUUUUGAAAAGUUUUCCCUUGUUUUCUAGAUCAGUCACAUAUGUGACGUUUAAAUAGUAAAUAAGCUGCCAUUGUCCGUCAAAAUAUGAGAAUUGCUCAAGUGUUACGGGAUGUGGAAUUGUAUCUUGCAGCCCCAUCAACAAGUUUUUUGUUCCAGAUAUUUGAGCAAACCAAUGUGCUUUCCUUUUAUCAUAGGUAUAUGUCAUUGGAUGAUUAUUGUUGUAACAAGUAAAAACGUUGAAAGUAAAAUUCAAUUGGAAUCUUAAGCAUUAUUAACUCCUCAAAUGUCCAUUUUUUCUGAAGUGGGAAGUAUUGUUUUAUAAAGAGAGCAGGUAAUUCUUAAAUCUUGCUUAAAUAAUAAAUUGAUUACUUCACAUUUUGUUUUUAUGGCAAAGUGUUUGCUAAGGAUUUAAGUUUGUAAGUAAUGGCAGUCCUGUUUACUAUAAUUAUAUGUUGUGUAUAUUGCUCAUGUAACUUGAACAUAUUUUGUUUGAGAGAUGUUCAACUAAUAUGAGAUGUGAUGUUCUAUCUGUGUUUAUAAUUUUUAUGUUGAUUCCAUUUUUGACUGUGUUCUGUAUUUUGUGAAUAGUUUAAUUUGAUAAUAAUUAGUAACCAUCAAAUGAAUGUGUAUGCUUUUGCUUUUUUGUGCCUCAGAUUAAUAACGUAGCUUGAUUUUGUUUGAACAUUAUUGCAGUCUUAUUUAUAGAUUUUGGAUCGCUAAAGAAUCUGUUUUUUUUAUAUCAUGUAAGGUAUAUGAAUGAAUUGGGCGAAACUUAUUCCUUUUUGUUUUUCAAUUCCAAUGCAAAUUUGUUCUUAUCCAAUAGAAUAAGCCAGUAACAUUGUCUAAAUGACUUGUGCACAAUGUACAUUUGAAUGAUUGAGACCACAUUGCCUGAUUCCCUAUGUACUUUUAUUUUUUAUCUCUUGAUUUCUAUCUAGUUAUUUAGUGAUGGAGUGAAUUUCGCAAACAAAUUUAGUAUACAAAUUUUGUUCAAAAGUUGGAAUUUUCUGUUGCCAUAAUAGAAUAUUCGUGUUAAAAUUCCACAGUAUUAAGGGUUCAUGAUGUUUUCUUUCUUAAUAGUAUUCAGUAAAUAUUUUCCUGUUGCGAGGAUAUUAGCAAGUAGACGUCGGAUUUUUAGUGAUCUAACCAUUGCCAAAUAAAAGAAUUUAUAUUUUUGUAAAUCUUGUAUAUCUUUUGUACAACUAGAAUCUUUUCUGUAUAUACAUUUGUAUGUAUGUGAGGUCUAAAAUUGAUUCAUUUUAAAUUAUUUUGAUGUCGUUUUCCAGUACGUAAUAUAAAUCAUAUUAAAUUAUA